AUGGACGGCAAGGAUGCUUUGAAACCGUUCAACCCAAUUCCGCCAGAGACAGCUACAGUGCGCUGGGAAAGGUGGAUAGCAAGAUUCGAUAAUUAUCUUGUAGCCAAGAAUAUUACACAGGAUGCGAGGAAAAGAGCUCUCCUACUUCACCUAGCGGGGGAAGAAGUUUUUGAAAUUCACCUCGGAUUGGAGCAGGCGGAAGACGAAACGUACGCACAGUUGAAGACAAAACUGAGUGAGUACUUCGCGCCAAAACGAAAUGUAGAGUAUGAAGUGUAUGUGUUUCGCCAGGCAAGUCAGUUACCAUCAGAAACACUUGAUAAAUUUGCUGCUAGAUUACGACAGCUAGCCAAUAACUGUGAAUUUCAUGAGAAAGAGAGAGAAAUAAAAUCUCAGAUCAUACAGAAAUGCAUAAAUCCGAAAAUAAGAGAAAAAGGAUUAAGAGAGCUGAAUUUUUCCCUUGAUGAUUUAUUGAAAUAUGGUCGUUCACUAGAAGCCACUACAGCUCAGGCACAUAAUAUGUCUACAGUCAAUGCAGGGGCUGAAGCACCUAGCAAUGUACCCACAGUACACAGAAUGACCCAUUACAAACCGAAGAAAUCACACAAGCCUAGGGGGCCUGGUAAUGGUGAUAAAAAACAGUCAUGCUGGGGUUGUGGUGGUAAAUGGCCUCAUGACAAAAAGGAGAAAUGUCCAGCUUGGGGAAAAGAAUGCAGAAAAUGUCAUAAGCAGAAUCAUUUUGCUAAAUAUUGCAAGUCACAAGGGAGAACAGAAAAUAAUUUUAUUUCUACUGAACCAACCACAGUCUACUCAUAUGGGCAGGAAACAUAUAACGUUGACCUGUAUAGAACUGCAUUAAGUAUUUCCAAAACACAGCCAUAUAGAUACAACCUUCAACUGAAUGGGGUACCGACAACCAUGGAAAUUGAUACGGGGGCAGCAGUAAGUUUGAUAAGUGAGCAGCAGUUUAAGAAACUGAAAGUUGGUCAGCAAGCAUUACAACUACACACUGAGGGACUACCCAGAUUGAGAACAUAUGCAGGAAAUUGCAUUAACCCCUUAGGUAAGACAGAACUGGAGGCACGUGAAGCAGAUACCAUACAUAAAUUAAAAGUAUUGGUUGUACCAGGUAAUGGUCCAAACUUGAUAGGCAGAGACUGGUUAGAAAUAAUAAAACUAGACUGGCCACAAGUUUUUCAUCUUGAUGGAGAGUCAUGGAUUAGUAAACAUCCAAAAUUGUUCGAACCAGGAUUGGGAACCCUGAAAGACACUACCAUCAAGCUGCAUGUUAAUCCUGAGAUAACACCGAGAUAUAUGAAAGCACGUACUGUACCAUUUGCCCUCCGAGAUAAAGUAGAUAAAGAGAUUGAUCGCUUAGAAAAGGAAGGAGUCAUUAGACCUGUAUCUUACUCAGAUUGGGCUUCACCAGUUGUACCAGUACUUAAAGCAACAGGUGAAGUUCGCAUAUGUGGUGACUACAAACAAACACUACCAUCAAGCUGCAUGUUAAUCCUGAGAUAA